AGAGGACCGGAGCAGGUGUCGGGCCGUAAGGAGGAAUGGCGUCGUGCGAGAGGGGAGAGGAGGCCCGUGUACCACAGCUCGAGUUUGGCCGUACGCGGUCGCGCAGCCGGUGUUUAACGUACGUGAGGCGAACUUAGCGACGCGGCACCUGCGGGCGGGGAGAAGUUGUGGUCGUGUUGCGGUCGGGAGGGUCGGCAAACCCUACAAGUGAUCCGCCCCCCCCCACCACCACCCCCAGUUCCGAGUGCCGCUCAACGUCCGGUACCAACUUCUAAACUAACGUCAUGACAUGUCCCUUUUCGAGGCAACCCAGUCUAGACGCAACCCAGGGAUGAGCUCCGCCACGCAGCGCUCCGGCCCGGGAGCCGGCCCGAGAGAGAGCAGAAACGCCACCCCGGCCGUGCUCUCCAACCUGGGCAGGGCGACGCUGCGGGGCAUCCGCAAGUGCCCCCGGUGCGGCUUCUACAAUGGCACCCGCGGGUUCAGCUGCAAGAACAAGGCGUGCGGCAUCGCCCUCCGAGACGUCCCGGCGGGUGGCAGGAGCGCCAAGAAGCCCGCGGUGCAGGUGGUGAGGGUCGUAACAAAUGGCGCCGAGCAGGCCAACGCGGCGGUGGAGAUCUUCUCGGUGUGCCAGAGGGGCCAAGGCGCCGCGGCCGCGCAGCUGGGCUUCGUGGAGCUCAUACCCACCGACACCGCCAUUGCCACCGAAGACGGGGACACGCUGACCAUGAUCAACCUGGGCCGCUGCUUCAUGCCCUCCUGUCAGCAGGACCAGAUGUCCAGCCAGAGCCAGUUUGAGGAAUCCGCGGGGGAUAUCGCCUUACAGAGCUCCUCCUCGGACAGCCUCUGUGCGCACAUCAAACAGGCCAUGGAGUGUCAGAGCCGAGCCACUCCUCUGACCUUGAAGAGUUCGGUGCUGGAGGGUCUGCAGUCCUCCGUGGAAAUUAGGGAACAACUUUGGAAUUUGGCCACAGCGUCCACCGCCCCCCUUGUGCAGCAAGUGUCCAAAGACACCCUAGUGGUGAAGUGCAACACUGACUCCAACCAUCCUCUGGGCUUCUUGCACCUAACUAUAGGGUCUAAUUUUCCAUCUCGGGUUUCCAAGAGGAAGGGGAAGUGUCGAAAGGGGCCGCAGCAGCACCAUCCUUUCUUUCACUGCGCCUGUCAGAGCAGUGCCGCAGACAGGGCCGGACAGCCCGGGGUAAAAGGAUCCUCCGUCUCUCACUGUCUAAGCAGCUCUGCCGCUUCAGAGCGCUGCCUCCACUUCUAUGCCUGUGUCUGUGCCUUUGCUAGUGAUAUAAAUCUGGCCUCAGAUUUUGCUGCUUUCAUCAACUACAGCCUCAGUGAUGUGCAGCAAAGUGAAUGUAGAAUACGCCGCGCUCCCGAUGCAUCCCCGCAGCCGCCUCAACCAAUCAGCUCUCAUUACCAAGCGAAGAGGCUUUGCUCGGACGAGUCUCUCUCAGCCUCCUCUAUUCCUGCUGGGUCAGGGACAGGGGGGGUGUCGUCCUCCGGUGCGAGGAAAGCUGGUCAGAGGAAAACCACUCGUGCCAGUGGGCAGAAAACUCCAGAGAGCACUCAGGCUGUGGACGAGCAAGCGGUGACCAUGGGCUUCCAUCAGUGGCUGGCCAGUGUUACAGAAAGGAUCCACCAGACCAUGCACUACCAAUUUGAUGGGAAACCAGACCCGCUGGUGUUCCACAUCCCCCUGGAGUUCUUCAGCGCCCUGGAGCGUCGUUUCUCGGUGGACUCCCAGAAGAGAAGACUGCCCAACGAAACAAUAGCAUUUGUGAGGAAUGACAGUCUUCCUCUGGGCUCUUUUUCCAAGUACACCUGGCACAUCACGGAACUAUCGCAGGUCAAACACAUCUUUGACACUCCAGAGCUGCCUUUAGAGCUGACCCAGAGUUUUGUGGAAAAUACCGAUGGCUCCUACUCACAUUUCCACUGUUCCAAACCGCCAACUGAGGCAGAAGUGCGGAAGGGGAAUAAGUUGGAUAAGCCACAGGCUGCACGACCCACGGUGCUAUGCACAUUCCUUAAAGUCGGAUUAUGUGAAACGGAUCAGAAAGAGCCCACCCCGUUUGUGAUUGAGUGGAUCCCGGACAUUCUUCCUCGGUCCGGCCUCGGAGAACUCAAGAUCUCCUUUAAAUUUGGCCACCAGCAGAGCGCUCAGAACUUCUUCUGCGAUGGAACCAGUCACAAAAACAGUGGGACAGAGAAGGGCAGUCGCCCUCAGACUUCUGUAGACUCCACCCAACCCAAUCACUCUGUCACAGUCAUUCAGGUGAUUGUCUAAAGCGAAAAUUCUCCGACUUUCAACCUUAUCUCUGCCUGUCUGCGACAGGACUCGCACAUGAGACACACCUGCAGUUGUUCACAAUCGUUUCUGCAUUUCUGGGAUGGCAGUAAAAGAGGGGUUUUUUUCCGGUCGCCAAGUGACGUGUCGUGAUUCAGGUGGCAGCUAGAAGAACCACAGUCUAGCAGGGUUUCUUAUACUCUGAUCUAUUCUUAAUGCACUGUUGAAAAUCACAUCAAACUUGUCUCGGCUAAGCUGCCUUUCCGAUGGUGGAAAUGGCAUCCCACAACACUAGCUGGCGCAUGACGACACGUAGGCUUGGGCGCAGUGCAUUCUGAUACGUGCAGGCGCCGUGGGAAAGACUGAGCAGGAGAAAAUGAUUUCUCCAUCAGUAUAGUACACAGUGAGGACUUGUUUCUUCAGUCAAAUACAUUACUCAUCAGUACUGACUGCGCAUACACAAAACCAUCAGUGAAAUGUCCCUUUAAGACCUGCAUUGGAUGUGAAGUAAUGUUUGUCAACACCUGAAACAAGUGAAUUUCUUAACACCU